CUCUGGGGCGAGCCAUUUAAUUUUAUCCCCCCUCCCCCUUUUCUUUUCUUUUUUUCCUUUCCUUUUCUUUCUUUUUUUUUUUUUUUUCAUUUUUAUUUUUAUUUUAUUUUUUGGCGGGGGAGGGGAACAGGGGCUGGUAUUUCCUUCUGUCUCGCGUUACCUCGCUCGCGUCCUCUGCUUUCUCACUGCAGUGGCGGCCGGGGAAGGACGAGCCAGGGAGUGGAGGAUCGGUGGUGGGGAGGAAAACCCCCCACCAGCCCUGAGGCGACUGCGCCCCUCCCCCGUCAGAAAAUCAAGACUGAAGACUUGUAAAUUUUGUAUUAAAGUUAACUUACAGUUUGUAACUAUGCUAACCUAAUACUAAUGCCUGGAAUGGCAGACAGUAAUUACCAUGCUGUGAAAGACUUCUGCUCCUAAGAGACUGUAAAAUACAGCUUCUAGUUGCUGCAGCUGCUCAACCUACUCUUACUUGUCCUGACUACCUACAUGAUUUAGAAGAGGUGUCAAGGGGACUUACUAUUAUCCCUACAGACAUAUUUAGUUUGACAUAGACAGGUCACUAUUUUGUAUACUGACCUUGUGACUGAAAAUAACUUAGAACUUUCUCCAUUAAAAAAGCCCCCAUUAAAAGGGCUUGUGUUUUAGUGGCAAUAAGGAUCCCUCUUGUUUGAAACUGAGGCUAUCCUUCUUGUUGGAAGCUGAGGAUACCUUUGUUUUGCGAAUAGCAUAAAUUCAUUUUGAUUUAAGUAUGUUCUAGACACAAGGACUCCAAUCUUGAUUUGAGGAUUCAAAAUAGGCAAGAGAGUGAGACAAAAAGUCUUUCAGAUGCCCAGGAUUUUGCUGAGUGGAGAUCACUGUGAGAUGUCUGUCUUGAAGAGGCUUUUACUUCUUGUCCACAAAAUAAGGUCUCUGGAUGGCAGACUCUGAAAAGGAAUGCUGUUUUAAGAGACACCAAAGAUGCUAACGAGAAAGAUUAAGCUUUGGGAUAUUAAUGCCCAUAUAACCUGUCGUCUGUGCAAUGGAUACCUGAUUGAUGCUACUACUGUAACAGAAUGCUUACAUACUUUCUGUAGAAGCUGCUUAGUGAAAUAUUUGGAGGAAAACAACACCUGUCCGACCUGUAGAAUUGUUAUACAUCAGAGUCACCCGUUACAGUAUAUUGGUCAUGACAGAACAAUGCAAGAUAUUGUUUACAAACUUGUGCCAGGCCUCCAAGAAGCGGAAAUGAAAAAACAAAGGGAGUUUUAUCACAAACUGGGCAUGGAAGUUCCAGGGGACAUCAAAGGGGAGACAUGUUCUACAAAACAGCACCUAGAUUCCCAUCGAAAUGGUGAAACUAAAACAGAUGAAAAUGCAAACAAAGAAACUUCAGAGGAAAAGCAGGAAGAAGAUAAUGACUACCACCGAAGUGAUGAACAGGUAAGCAUCUGCUUGGAAUGCAAUAGCAGCAAAUUGCGUGGAUUGAAACGAAAAUGGAUUCGUUGCUCAGCACAGGCAACAGUCUUGCAUCUAAAGAAGUUCAUUGCCAAAAAACUUAACCUUUCUUCUUUUAAUGAGCUGGACAUAUUAUGCAAUGAAGAGAUUCUUGGCAAGGACCACACGCUCAAGUUUGUAGUUGUUACUAGAUGGAGAUUUAAGAAAGCACCUCUACUGCUACAUUACAGACCCAAAAUGGACUUGCUAUAAGAGAACUGUAUUGUCCUUCUGGACAGAGUUUUUUGCAGAGACUAUCAUCUGGCACCUUCUUAGUGCAUCACUAAUCACAUGACACAAACCAGCUGAAUAAUUUUGGAAGACUGUAGGGCUUUCAUAGUGGACUGUCCUUCUGGAUAUUUUUUCUAGGGAUGUGUUACCUAGAUUUCUGGACAGAAAAUAUUUAUACUUUUUUUGUAUGGAAGAAAGAAGUCGCAACUCAACAAGACACUACCAGCACUAAGUUUACAGAUACUGAAAACACUUCACAGUUCCAUGUAGCUCAGCCUGAUUUAUCUCUUACAGUUACAUAUAAAUAAGUUAGAAUGUUGUGGGGUGAUUCAAAAAUGUUGUUUUUGACACGAAUUUGCAUUUAGUUACUUUUCACGUUUUGAAUCUUUAAAAACUAUAUUUUUGCAAAGUGUUCCUGUCUUGUAUAGUAUGCCUGAUUGCAUUGGCUUUAUUCAAGUUAUUCUGCAGAGCAUUGAGCAUACAUAAUGAUGCAGUGACUGGUGAUAAUUUAUUAUGCUGCAUUGAAAACUGCUGAAAAUCUGAGAAACCAGUAGGUUUGUAAUUUUUGCCCAGUUAUUGCUCUCCCUCACUUUGUGUUUUAGUGAAGUUUUCACACUCACCUAUGCAUGUUGAUUUGGUAAGAUUAAUAGAAAUUAUUUCCAUUUAUUUUAAUAUGCCCUGAUAUUUUGCUGUGGCAUAAAUUUCACCACAUAGUGACAAGUACUCAAAAGUGCUAGAUUUUUGACCUUUUGAAAAAAUAAACAUUUCUUAUAUAGUUGUGGCUUGCAGAAAUCAGUUUUUAGUUUAGAGAUAAUUUGUUCUCACUAGGUAUUGAAACACCGGCUCUUAGACAACUUUGGGUGAUAUUGCACAGUUUUAAUGUCACUGACUAAAAAUUUCUUAGAUUAUUGUGGGUAGCUUUAUAUUUCCUUUACCCAUUUUCUUAUGAAAACAUAGCAUUUUCUUUAGCACAAUUCCUAGCUGUCUUGGGGCAGGGGCAGGGACUGUCAGACAAGAUUAUUUUAGCACCUUCUGGCCUUAACUGAUAAUUUUGCUUGCAUCAGCCCUAAUGGAUGCAAGGUAAUACACAUGCAUGUAUGUAUGCGUGCAUACAUCUAUACACACGUAUAACUAUAUAUGUUAUAGAAUGCAUCCUCAAUAGCACUUAGCAGGGUUCACUGCACUUUUUGUAAGGCUUUUUGAAAUAGUUGGCUUUUUAAAAACAAUAGUUGAAAGUGAUUUCUGCAAGCUGUAUACAGUAUGGUUGUGAGAGUAUUUGUCUGGCACGGGUGUCAAGUCACUGAAAACAGGCUAUGCCAUAUUAUUGGCAGCUGGAAAGAUUUAACCUUUGGAAGUUUUCCUGUCAGCUGAAAAUGUUAAUUGCUAUUCCUCUUAUUAAACCCUGGUUUUUUGUUUUUUUUUUUUUUUGAUAAAUUGUCUUUGGAUAAGAAAACAAGUUUGCCCUGCUUCCUCUAACUGUACUCCUUCCCCUCUUCUGCUAGAAAGUAUUACUUGUUACUCCAUAACAGGAAGCUGAUACAGCAAGAGGCUUAUCCAAGCAUUUUAAAUCCUCGUCCUUUUGAGUUCUCAAAGCACCAUAUUCCUCGGUAUGUGUCCCAUAAUUUCUUUCUUUGGAGUCUUCAGUCCUCCUUUCUUAGGUCUGCUGCUGCAGAAGGGAUGCCCCAACUUGUGUUUACCUUUGAAAACAGGGUUCCUCAUUUUUAAUUACAGUCACAGAUGUGAAUGGGAAAUCAAAAAGCAUUGAGCAGAGAAUGAAAGGGAGCCUACUGAACUGUGGAGAUGGAGAGCCACAUAAUGGCCAAAAAGUGCUACUGUCCUUGCAGAUCAGGGUACAGGAUAGUUGCAUUUGAAUGUUUGGGUUACACAGAACUCCACAUUUGGCUGGGUGGCUGGGCUUGUGUGUAUGUGUGUGCAUGCAUAUGCAAAAUGGAAUUGAACUUGGCUCUGGUUUUGUCUUACUGUUUGUGGACUCAGAUAUAUGUCUUUUAGCUUUUUUUUCUGUCUGUAUCAUUACUCAAACUAUCAGAAGAGAACAAACAAGAUCAUGGGUCUACCAUUUUUAUAACUUUUUCAUGAAAUAGUGAAUGCAGUUGAUAUGGAUGUGUACACAAACUAACACAUUUGGCCUUUCUGGAGCUGUUUAUGUGCUUGUCACUGUCCUAGUGUAAAUAAGGGACUGGCUGUAGUCACUGAGGCACUGAGAUACGAACAGCACUGUAAGUGUCCACCUUCUGUGCACGCUGAGUAUACAGACGCUGGCUGUACCUGAUGUAGACAUAAAAUUAAAGCUGCCAUACAGAAUUCUGAUUAACCACCUUAAUCAGGAUAUAUAUACACAUAAAAACAAAUACAUAUGUAUAUAUAUAUGUGUGUGUGUGUGAGAUCUGUCUACCUCAGAGUGUGUGUACUGCAGAAACGUUAUGUAUGACUAGAUAUUGAUGCAGUGCUGUUAAAGUACACUGGGAUUUUAGUAUUUUCCUAUGUACUUGUACAACUGAGAAAUUAGUUACAAACACGCAAAUUCAGAAGCCUUUUAAAUCUAUAUCUUGCUGUAACAAUGUACAAUACAGAACAUAUAAGUUUAUAAGCAUCUUUAGAAUCACUUGAAUUUGUGAUGGUGCUAUCAAUAUAUUGAAAACUCUGUUUAUACAUAUAUGUAUACAUAAAUUCAAGCCAGUACCAAUACCUACAUCUGGGAUUUUUUACUCAUAAUUGUGUGUAAUGGCUUUUGCAAUGUGUUUAAUCUGAUAAAACCUCACCAGUAAAAACAAACAAACAAACAAACAAACAAAACCACCCAGUUAUUUUUCUAAAUCACGUCAGAAUUUCUUCAUUACAGAAACUCUUUCCCUCAGGAGGGAUGUGACUGUCUGGACCAUAGGUUUAUUCCCUUUAGCCUUACUAAAAAACUACAAUGCAAUGUGAGGCCAGAGGGAGGUGUCCUUUGGGUCAGAGCCUUGUUUCACUUCUGUGAAGCUUAAGAGACAGUGAAUUUAUAUCAACAUUAUGUUGGGUAAAAUAACCCUGAUACUGUUCAGAGUUGGACUAAAAGCUGGACUCAGCAUAGUUAUCUCUUAGGCCUAGUGAAAUCAUGUUAGGUUUUUUUGGCUUUUGUGAAGAUGCCAUUACUGUGAAGUAGUUUUCACAAUUGCUUACGCUGGUAAAUAAUUGCCGUAAAGAAGUAUCUUAUUGCAUUAUCCUCAGCAGCAAUGAGACUGACCCAGGCUCAGAGUCUCAUGAAAUAUAGUUUCAUUAAAAAUAGAGAAUUGAGAUAGAAUAUAUAAUAUUGAAUUUAAAUAAGAUUUGGGGUUUUAAAUUUUAACUUUAUAAAAUUAUUUAUUCUAUUUUAAGCCUUCUGUCUUAUUUUACCAUCCAAGUAUUUUUUAUUUCAGUGGUCCAGCUUUAUUUACGGGCAUAUAAAAUGAAAUUGUAAGAUGUUUUUACAAGCUUCUUCCUUUUACAUUGAGUUUGAGUAGCUUUUAUUUGUAUGUUUUUGUUUUGUAUGGAUUAAGAGCAUUACUUAUGCUUUUGUGCAAUAGGUUUGAAACAUGCAUUUAUUAGGCAUAUGUUUAAAUUGUAAAUGUAGCAUCUACUUACUGUUAAAUUUAAAAGGAAUGUAGAUGGUUUUUCUCACUUGUUCAAAUGGGGUUUUAUUUGGGGCUAUUAUUUGAGGGGGACUGUUUUUUAAUUUCCUCUUUUUAUUUUAAGAAUGAAAUGUGGGAUUUAAAUUUGUGUAAGUACAAGAACUAUCUGUCAGCAAUAUUUUAAAAUAAAUGAUCUUGCAAGAAACCUUUAUAUGAAUUGUGGAAGCAAUCGGCAAGACUUGCAGCCUAUCUGAAAAUGUUUUGUGCCAUUGUUAUGUCUGGUAUAUUUGUGUACCAUGAAACCUGGGAAUAUUUAUUUUUAUUGGUUGUGCAAUAGUAUACACAACACUAUCACCUCUGGGGAUAUGGGACCAUAAAAAUAUCAGACUACAACUAUGAUGGUGCUGGUUUUUUUCAAUAGGCUAUCAGCCUUUGAAAGUUUAUCUGGCUCUUAUUGUCUUUAUACCAUCAUAGGUAGUCCUAGGAGAUUCACUGAGUUUUUUUUACCAGAUGAUAAAUAUAACCAUAUAAUUAACCUAUUUUACAGCAUUAUGCAUCUUGCCGUUGAGCUAAAUAGGAGAAAGCCAACCAGUCUGUACAUCAGCAAGAUGAAUAAGUACUUAAAAUGCAUUUUGUACAGAAGGCUUGACUGUACAGAAAAAUCAAGUUUCUGUAUUUCCUCAGGUAAUCAUUUCAGUUUGGAUGUUCCACUGGAUAUAUUAAUGCAACCUACAACUCAGUUAGUCUGCCUAAAGUUAAUAACAGGGAAGAAAAAUUGUCUCAUAUUCUAGAAUCUCUACAUAAGAUAUAAACAACUGUAACUAAGGCCUUGAGAUCUGUUGUUGAAGUAAAAAGUUGCAAGAAGAACAUUAAGAAACAUGGACAGUGGUUCAAUCCCUGCUUUCAUCCAAACUUGCAAACAGUACAGACACUUUCUAGGAACUUGCAUCUUGUGGCAAGUCAACAGUAAUGUUUUACUGUGGAGUUAUGGUUCAUUUAUAUACAAAUUAAAGCUCUGGUCCUGCUAUUUGAUUUUUCUUUGAUCAUCCUUAGGGCUUCUUGGAAAUCUUUCAAAGCCACAAUGACCUGUCCAGAUCCUAGUGGUAAGGUAGGAACUAAAUGUCCAGUUCUAUGAACGUUUAUAUUUGUAACUUUACUAAUAACCUGGAUGGUUCCACAGAAGCCAGGGAUAUCAUUCAUGCAAACGGUUAGGUGUGGCCAAAGGAAGGAGCCCUGAUUUUUUGCAUACUGAUGUUCCAGUGUUUUGGUUUUUUUUUUAUUUGAAACUCAAAGCAUUUGUUUAAUAGAAUCUUGAAUUCAAGUGACCUAUCUGGACAAAAGGAGAGUUUGUUCUUUCCUUCUGCAACAAGAUUAUUUUACAGUUAAGGGACAAUAAGCCAGUGCAACCACUAAGCCUUUAUCCUCCUAUGUGGCAUAAUAAAGAUUCUGGAACUGUCACAGUGUAAAACUGUAUUUUUGGCUUAGCUUUAUUUGAAAGUUUACAAUUUUUUAUGCUUUGCGUUGCUGUGUAAUUUUUUGUACUAUUUGUGGCUAGUUUUGUCUGAAUAAACCUUUUGGGAUUAUUGCUUAAUGUUUUGAUUUGAUGAUAGUGAAGCUUGUAUCCAGUGUUUUGCCAAUUAAUAUUAUAUGCUUGUUAAUAAAAGCAGAGAAGCUAACUGAAA